ACGGAUAGAGUUAUUAUUAAGAAAAAGGGCAUGGCAAAGUGGCUGACGAUAUUAAUGCUUCGUCUCCUGUCCUCAUGACAAAGUAAAGAAAUCCGUCUACAGAGUACCGACUUUGGCUUUGACUCGAUUCCACCUGUUCCAUUUCACCUUAACGCUCGUAACCGUUGGUAUUUGGUCGUCGUCUCAUUCUCACCAUCGCAACUCCUCCACUAAGACGAGUCUCUGCGGAGACAGGGGUUCUUACACCACUGGAAGAACAUCGUCGACUCACACAAACAUCUCAGAGAAGACGACGAGCGACUCUCGGGUCUUAUCUCACUUCACCAUCUCCUCAUAAUGGCGACGAAGACGACGACGACGACAAUAACAACAGCGACAACAAAAACAACAUCAUCUCUCCUCGCAGCCCUUAACUGCAAGGGCGACACACACCUCAUCAUCGGCACAAACCCACUCGCCGCCGCCCGCUGCACACAAUCCCUCGCCGCCGGUGCCGCCACCAUCCUCCUCGCCCCGGACACCUCAGACCUGCACUACGGCCUGCAAAAACGCGUCGACGCCGGCGAGGUGACAUGGCACAGGAAAGCCUUUGAGGACGCCGACCUCUUCACCCUCGGCCGCGACGAGGUCGACAACGUCGUCGACGCCGUCUUCGUCACUUCGGGGCCCCGCGACCCCUUGGCGGCGCACAUUUCCGCCCUGUGCAGGCGGAACCGCAUCCCCGUCAACGUCGUCGAUGCGCCGCACCUGUGCUCCUUCUCGCUGCUGUCGACGCACACGGACGGGCCGUUGCAGAUUGGCGUCACGACCAACGGGCGGGGCUGCAAGCUCGCAUCCCGCAUCCGGCGCGAGGUCGCCGCCGCGCUGCCCAAGGACCUCGGCGCCGCCUGCGCCAGGCUGGGCGACGUGAGGCGGCGGAUCCAGACGGAGGACCGUCUCUCGGCGCAGCCCGACGAGGCGGAUGACUCGCUCGACCAGACGGCGUCGUUCAACAAGCUCGUCACCGAGGCCGACCUCGACGCCGCCAAGAACAGGCGCAUGCGCUGGCUGGGCCAGGUCUGCGAGUACUGGCCCCUGAAGCGCCUCGCCGCCAUCGACGAAAACGACGUCGAGUCUGUGCUCAGAUCGUACGCCGGCAACGGCAACGCGCUGCCGGAAGCCGCCGCGAAACCGCCCCCCUCCCCCGCCGGCCUCGGCGGCCUCGGCGGCGGCGCGUCGAGCCCGCAGCAGCAGGGGCGCAUCAUCCUCGCAGGGAGCGGGCCGGGCCACCCGGACCUCCUGACGCGCGCGACGCACAAGGCGAUCCAGACGGCGGACCUGGUCCUCGCAGACAAGCUCGUGCCGGCGGGCGUGCUGGACCUGAUCCCGCGGCGCACGCCGGUGCGGAUCGCGCGCAAGUUCCCCGGCAACGCGGACCAGGCGCAGGAGGAGCUCCACGAGCUCGCGCUCGCGGGCGCCAAAGAGGGGAAGACGGUCCUGAGGCUGAAGCAGGGCGACCCGUUCAUCUACGGCCGCGGCGGGGAGGAGGUGGCAUACUUCAGGGAUCACGGCCUCGGCGACCGGGUCACGGUCCUGCCGGGCAUCACUUCCUCGCUCAGCGCGCCGCUGUUUGCGGGGAUCCCGCCCACGCAGCGGGACGUCGCCGACCAGGUCCUCGUCUGCACCGGCACGGGCAAGAAGGGCAAGCCGCCGACGCCGCCCGGGUUCGUUGCCACGAGGACCGUCGUCUUCCUGAUGGCGCUGCACCGGAUCACCGGGCUGGUGCGGGAGCUGACGUGCCACCUCGAGACGGAGGAGACGGGAGCGGCCGGAAGCGAGGGGGGCGAGGCGAAGGGGACGCCGAAGAGGUCUCUGUGGCCGCGGAGCACGCCCUGCGCCGUCGUCGAGAGAGCGAGCUGUCCUGACCAGAGGGUCAUCCGGACGACGUUGGAGCACGUGGCCGAGGCGAUCGAGGCCGAGGGAAGCAGACCGCCCGGGCUUCUCGUCGUCGGUCGGGCGUGCGAGGCAUUGUACGAGAGGGGGAAGGGACGGGCGUGGGCUGUGGAGGAUGGGUUCAAGGGGUUCGAUUUCGAUGAGCUUCCCGGGUUGUCAUGAGCAUCUUCUUGUUAUCUAGGUAGUCAUGGGAACGGGGGUUUUACUGGUGCAUGGCCUGGAUCAAGAGGGGUACAGACAGCAUUGCGAGGCGCAGGAAAUAGGUUUCGAGAAUCUAGAAAAGGAAAUACUACCC